AUGCUUAUAACCCAAGUUGGAUCAAUGGAAAGGAUGAAGAAUGUAACUGAAUUUAUCUUACUGGGGCUGACCCAGAACCCAGACCUACAGAAAAUCUUACUUCCGGUACUUUUUGUAACCUACUUAAUGACACUGGCAGGUAACCUGCUCAUCUCCAUCACCAUCUUCAUCAGCCCAGCCCUAGGCUCCCCCAUGUACUUUUUUCUUUCUUCUUUGUCCAUGAUCGAUGGUUUCUACUCUUCUUCCAUAACCCCUAAGAUGAUCUUUGACUUGAUUUCUGGAAAGAACACUGUAUCUUUCAAUGGCUGCAUGACUCAGCUUUUUGCAGAACAUUUAUUUGCUGGAGCUGAGAUCGUCUUGCUAAUUGCCAUGGCCUAUGACCGCUAUGUAGCCAUCUGUAAGCCCUUGUACUACUUGACCAUCAUGAGCCAGCCUGUAUGUACUUUUCUGCUUGGAAUAUCUGGGAUUAUAGGAUUUGUCCAUGCAAGUAUCCAGCUUUUGUUUAUACUUCAGUUACCAUUCUGUGGCCCCAAUGUCAUUGACCAUUUUCUAUGUGAUUUAAUGCCUCUCCUGAGGCUAGCCUGUACAGAUACUCACAUAUUAGGGCCCCUGAUUGCUGCCAAUAGUGGAUCAAUGUGUUUGUUUACUUUUUCUAUGCUAGUUAUUUCCUAUAUCACCAUCCUGUACUCCUUGAGGAAUCAUAGCUCUGCAGGGCGUCGCAAAGCCCUGUCUACCUGUUCUUCUCAUAUUGUUGUUAUCAUCUUAUUCUUUGUACCUUGUACAUUUCUGUACCUGAGACCCAUGACCAUCUUACCCAUAGACAAAGGUGUGAGUGUGUUUUACACCCUAGUCACUCCUAUGUUGAAUCCGUUAAUCUACACCCUCAGAAAUGCAGAGGUGAAAAAUGUCAUGAAAAAAUUCUGGGGACAGAAAAUGAGAACUAAAGAGAAGUAA